CGAGGUGGGAAGCAGGAAGCAGAGGGCAUUGGAAAAGAGGAGGAGAGAGACAGCCUGCUUCAGACAGACUGGCACCGCUGUUUGUUUAUAGGAGCUCGAUUAAACACAACCUUCGGCCAUGGGAAAGGGAGGAGGCGCGUUUGAAAGGCUUCUUGAUAAAGCCACCAGCCAGCUGCUCCUGGAGACGGAUUGGGAAUCCAUUUUGCAGAUAUGCGACCUGAUUCGUCAAGGAGAUGCCCAAGCUAAAUAUGCUAUUGGUGCCAUCAAGAAGAAACUCAAUGACAAGAACCCUCAUGUGGCCCUUUAUGCUUUAGAGGUUCUGGAGUCUGUUGUAAAGAACUGUGGCCAAACAGUGCACGAUGAGGUGGCAAACAAGCAAACUAUGGAGGAACUGAAGGAUCUUCUUAAGAGUGAACCAAGCGUACGGAACAAGAUUCUCUACCUAAUCCAGGCCUGGUCACACGCCUUCCGCAACGAGCCCAAAUACAAAGUGGUCCAGGAUACCUACCAGAUCAUGAAGGUGGAAGGUCAUGUUUUCCCCGAAUUUAAAGAGAGUGAUGCCAUGUUUGCAGCUGAGAGGGCUCCUGACUGGGUUGACGCAGAGGAGUGCCACCGGUGCAGAGUGCAGUUCGGGGUCAUGACAAGAAAGCAUCACUGUCGGGCAUGUGGACAGAUCUUCUGUGGGAAGUGUUCCUCCAAGUACUCCACCAUCCCCAAGUUUGGAAUAGAGAAGGAAGUCCGGGUCUGUGAACCCUGCUAUGAACAGCUCAAUAAAAAAGCUGAAGGCAAGGCUGCUGGCUCUUCGGAGCUGCCCCCCGAGUACCUAACCAGCCCGCUAUCUCAGCAGUCACAGGUAGUGGUUGGUGGCUCAAUGCCCCCGAAACGUGACGAGGCUGCCCUGCAGGAGGAGGAGGAGCUUCAGCUCGCUAUUGCCCUGUCCCAGUCUGAGGCCGAGGAGAAGGAUCGGAUGGUCUGUAGGCAGAAGCCCACAUAUUCAGUGUACCCGAAAGCUGACCCUACCCCAGUGACAUCAUCAGCCCCGCCAGUUAGCACUCUGUACACUUCUCCUGUGAACUCUUCUGCUCCAGCUGCUGAAGAAAUCGAUCCAGAGCUUGCACGCUACCUGAACAGGACCUACUGGGAAAAGAAGCAGGAGGAGGUUCGGAAGAGCCCCACACCUUCCGCCCCUGUGCCCGUGGCUGAGCCAGUCCCAAUCAGCCAGCCUGUGGAGGCUCACCCAGCACCUCCUAUCAACAUUGUGGAGCAGCAGUACCAGAACGGGGAGUCAGACGAAAAUCACGAGCAGUUUCUGAAGGCACUGCAGAAUGCUGUCACCACCUUCCUCAAUCGCAUGAAGAGCAACCACAUGAGGGGCCGCAGCAUCACCAACGACAGUGCUGUGAUCUCCCUCUUCCAGUCCAUCAACAACAUGCACCCCCAGCUGCUGGACCUGCUCAACCAACUCGAUGAGAGGCGAUUGUACUACGAGGGUCUACAGGACAAGCUGGCACAGGUCCGAGAUGCCCGCGGGGCUCUAAAUGCUCUACGGGACGAGCAUCGUGAGAAACUGCGCUGUGCUGCUGAGGAGGCUGAGCGCCAGAGGCAGAUCCAGCUCGCUCAGAAACUGGAGAUCAUGAGGCAGAAGAAGCAGGAGUACCUGGAGAUGCAGAGGCAGCUAGCAAUUCAGCGGCUGCAGGAACAGGAGAAGGAGAGACAGAUGCGGCUGGAGCAGCAGAAACAGACCAUUCAGAUGAGGGCCCAGAUGCCAGCCUUCUCUCUGCCCUACGCACAGUUGCAGUCGCUGCCCGCUGCCGGGGGGAUGAUGUACCAGCCCUCUGGCCCCACCAGUUACCCUGGCUCAGUGGAGGGCUCGCCAAUGCACACUGUCUACAUGAACCAGCCAGCACAGUCUGGCACUGCGCUGUACCCAGGAAUUCCUGUGUCUAGCACUGACCCAAACAUGGUGAAUGCGUACAUGUACCAGCCAGGAGCCUCCACUGGGCAGACAACUCAGCAGGGCCAGGCUGUGCCCACCACAAACCCAGGCUACUCCAACUACCAGCCGACACCCACACAGGGAUACCAGACUGUGCCAACCCAGUCUCAGAAUAUUCCUCCAAUAUCCCAGCCUCCCCAGUCCAAUGGGAUAGGGUACAUGGGGCCACAGUCUGUGCCCAUGGGAUACCAGCCCUAUAACUUGCAGAAUAUGAUGUCUGCCCUGCCUGGCCAGGACCCCAACAUGCCUCCGCAGCAGCCCUACAUACCGGGUCAGCAGCCCAUGUACCAACAGAUGGCUCCCCCUGGGGGCCCACAACAGCAACAGCAGAUGCAACAGCAGCAGCAUGGAGGAGGUGGGGAGGCACAACUGAUCUGCUUUGACUGAUCUCAGCCCUUCGUCUCAUAGGAACCGUACAGCUCGGAGGACGGUCAGCCACUCCCUGCAAUAAAACACUAUGCUAACUGUCUAUAAACUCUCAGCAAUUCUGUGCAUAUUGACUUCCUCUCUUCUUCGUUAACUCAAACCACAAGGUCCUUUUAAGAAAGCUUGCAAGAGAAGUUGUUCUACACAUUGUCAUAAGUAUCUUAGAGACCCUUUUAGCAAUGCUUUGUAUCUGAUUUGCAGAGAUUACCUCUUACAAAAAGGAGUUUCCCAAAAGAGAGUUUAUCUAACCCUGACUUUUAAUCGCAGGUCACAUGCUCUGACUGUGAACUCUACGUGGCUUUAUGUUCUCUCUGUGGUUUUAAUAACCAUUAUAAUAAUAGAAAAAUGACUGGAUACUGAUCAGACUAAAUUUCACUUUUUUUGUUGUUUUAACUCUUAACACAGCAGACCUAUAGAGAAAUCUAUGAAAGAUAACCCCUGAAAACAGCAGAUCAUAAUUGCAGUUCCAAGACCAUUACCCAUGUGUAGCAUUUUCUGAUUUCGUCAAUACAAGCCACUGAAACUGUUCCGUUAGUUAUCUUAGGACUGUCUUCCCUUUUAAAAUUACUUGUUGAAAGAGUUAAGUAAGGGGUGGUUGGUAUAUCUUCAGAGAAUGCAUAUUUCUCAUUCUUUUUCAUUCAUACUUAGUGUCUCCUUACAAAAUAAAAUGCAAAACAGCAGAAGUUAAGAUAGUAAAUGUUAUAAAAUCAUAUAAAGAUGUAACCGUUCUCGGUCUUAAUAUUUUUCUAAAUAAGAAAGUGCAUGCUUCAAACUGUUUCUGUUUAAGUGGGUGUGCAGCACUAUUGAAGACUGUUUAAGUCUUUUUAAGGAGUUUAACUAUGGAAACAAAAUAAAUCUAAAAGGUUAAAACAAGUAAAUCCUGGCAUCGGUGACAUCACCAAUUCUAAGUCUGGCAGAUUUCUUACAUGACUGUUUUGAUAGUUUCUUUUUUUUCUCAUGGGGAAAGUGGAGAUCCCUUCUGCUUGUUGUAGAGUAUGGAGUGUGUUGCACUAACCAAGCUGAAUUACUGCUUUGAGCUUCUCUGAAAAGAGUCAUUGCUGCCCCUAUUCCCCCAAACUUAAUAAAUCUUGCACCUAUUCCAAAAGUUGUUAAUAUGCAGUGGAAAUCUGCGAUCUGUGAAGUAAGGCAUGGAAGGGUUAGCACAGAGAUGAGGCAAGAAGGGAAUGAGUUUUUAACUAACACCAAUACUGCCUGCUGGUGAUGAUUAGAGUAGGUCAUCAGGCUAUGAGCCUGGCGCUAUGUUAUUGAACCCCUUUUAGUAAUAUAUCAAUCAUUCUUUUUCUGCAUCUUUAUAACUGAUGUCUCUUUUUUUUAACAUGCUGUAAACACUCAUUUAUCACGGUUCGUCACAAUACGAACAUGUCAUUUUAAAGAGGGCUUUAUUUAUUUUUUUCCUUCCAGGGGAACAGUUUUAGGAUGGACAGUUUGAUGUUUGCCAGGUUCUGGAUUAUACACCAUGAUUUUUUAGCUCUGAUGCAAUUAAGUUGCAGUUUGAAGUUGAAUACUUUAAAGCAAGGGAAUUUAAAUUUUUCAGUCUGUAAUAAUGGACGUAUCUAAAGCAUGUCUGUAAUAAAUACUGAGUGCCCUUCUGUAACUGUUUUAUGUAUUUGUGAAAUUAUUAUUUUUUCUUUUUCAUGCUUUACUGAUCUGUCUGAUUUUAAGAUCGUAUGUAAUAAACUCUGCUGUUUUUCUCCAAAAA